AUGAGCUGGUUCCUCCCCCGCUCCAGUACCCUGAUUGUCCUCCACAGAGAGCAUCCUCACUGCGUGUUGGCCAGCAGCAUGAAUUACGAACAGCGACAUCCCUCCGGCUCUGACAGCCUCAAGGCCGCCUCCAUGCAGGCAGUUUCUCGCCAUGCCGACAUCACCAUCGAAGAUAGCGAGUCGGUAAACUUUGAUCCCAGGCUCGAGCGUCGCCUGCGGCUGAAGAUUGACAUGUGCAUUGUCCCAAUUGUCGCCAUCCUUUAUCUGUUUUGUUUCAUUGAUCGCGCCAAUCUGGGAAACGCCAAAAUCGCCGGCAUGGAUAAGGAUCUUGGCAUGAAAGGCUACGACUACAACAUGGUCAUCUCCAUCUUUUACAUAUCGUACAUUCUCUUCGAAAUCCCAUCCAACGUUCUCUGCAAAUGGGUUGGCCCCGGGUGGUUCAUCCCCCUCCUCACCGUGCUCUUCGGUGUCGCUUCCGUCGGCACCGCCUUCGUCAACACGGUGCCGCAGGCUGCCGGCGUGCGCUUCCUGCUCGGCAUCUUCGAGGCCGGCAUGAUGCCUGGUAUUGCCUAUUACCUCUCCCGCUGGUACCGCCGGUCCGAGCUGGCCUUUCGCCUGUCCCUGUACAUUGUCAUGGCGCCGCUAGCCGGUGCCUUUGGGGGGCUGCUGGCCACGGCCAUCCUCAAGCUCGAGAGCUUCGGGAGUCUCCACAGCUGGCGCAUGAUCUUUGCCAUAGAGGGCAUCAUCACCAUCGGCCUGGGAAUCGUGGCCUUUGCCAUCCUGACCGAUCGGCCGGAGACGGCCGCUUGGCUCACCCCCGAAGAGAAGAGACUCGCCAUCGCGAGAGUCCAGUCUGAGCGUGUCGGCAGCACGCAGGUGCUGGACAGAAUCGACACCAAGAAACUGAAACGCGGCAUAUUCAAUCCGGUCACACUCAGCACGGCAUUUGUCUUCCUUCUCAACAACAUCACCGUGCAAGGCCUUGCCUUCUUUGCCCCCACCAUUGUCGCCACCAUCUACAAGGACAGGACCGUGAUUGAGAAGCAGCUCUUCACUGUCCCCCCUUAUGUUGUUGGAGCCUUCUUCACGGUGCUAUUUCCUCUUAUCAGCUGGCGGAUUGACCGACGCCAAAUUUUCUUCAUCCUCUCCGCCCCGCUAGUCAUGGUUGGCUACAGCAUGUUCUUAGGCUCCCAUGACGCGUCGGUGCGAUACGGGGCUACGUUUCUGAUCGCUUCGUCCGCCUUCUCCCUCGGUGCCCUCACAAAUGCCCAGGUAUCAGCCAACGUGGUCGGGGACACAGCUCGCAGCGCCGCCAUCGGCACCAAUGUCAUGUUUGGCAAUAUUGGCGGGCUCAUCAGCGGCUGGUCUUACCUGCCCUUUGACGCCCCCAACUACCGCAUCGGCAAUGGUCUCAACUUGGCUGCGGCAGGAACAGGGUUACUCAUCAGCACCCUCACGUUACUGUGGAUCAGGAGAGACAAUAGAAGAAGGCGUGCCCUGGAUGUUGAUGGCGAGCUUCGAGACAAGCCACAGCAGGAAAUCGAAGACAUGGACUGGACUCAUCCUGGAUUCUUAUGGAAGGAAUAG